UUCUGUAUUCUGAAAAUUGUUAAUGCACGAUUUUUCAAAUGUGAACUAUUCUCUGUAUCUAGAGAGUUUUCUGUCUGCAAACUGAUCAUUUCCGAACACUUGAAAGACAAACCGCAAAUGGCAGAUCGAUAAAAUAACGAUAAAUUUCGACCAAUGCAGAAAGGGUCCUGUGAGAGUUUUGAGUGACGUACGUUGCUCCUUACGUUGUUCUUGGAAAACGAUAGGGUUGGUCGAUGCUUUGGAAUGCACACGACAAAGUUUUUGUAGGACUGUGUUGAUAAUGCAGUCUUUGUAGAUUGAAGUGUGUUGGAUAAUAUUUGGGACACCCUCAACUUGAGUUUUAAACGUAUUCACCCUGGACCCCAAGAUGGACAGGCGACGUCUCUCGACGUCGGGAGAUACUCUGUAUCAAACACUGGGUUUGGCUAAAACUGCUACCACAGAUGAUAUUAAGAAAACUUAUCGUCGUUUGGCACUUAAAUACCACCCUGAUAAAAAUCCAGACAAUCCUGAGGCUGCAGAUAGAUUUAAGGAAAUUAAUCGAGCUUACAGCAUACUUAGCGAUCUGACCAAAAGAAAUGUGUAUGACAACUACGGGUCCCUUGGUCUGUAUAUAGCUGAACAGUUUGGAGAAGAAAAUGUUAACCCUUAUUUCCUUGUAACUUCGGGAUGGUGUAAGUUUGCCUUCUUGUUUUGUGGUCUUAUCACUGGAUGUUACUGCUGUUGCUGCCUGUGUUGCUGCUGCAACUUCUGCUGUGGAAAAUGUAAACCGCGGCCUCCUGAGGAGUCUGGUGAUUAUCAUACUCUCCAUAGAAACCAGAAUGGCGCAGAAGGUGCUGUGAUAUCGGAGCAGCCCCGCUCCCAAAGGAAUCAGGAGGAUGAUGAAGAUGAUGUUGGAGGACCGUCUGUGUCAACUCAGCCAACCUCAACGGCCAUGCCAAUGCCAAUGCCAAUGCCCAUGCCAGCUCCAGGAGAUGCCAAUGAGAGUACCUCCCUCAACACGGGUGAUAAGACUGUUUACACUCCAGGAAUGGGGGUAGGUUCUUCACCACCAUCAAUGUCCAAUAAGUGGUAAAAGAUCUACGCUGCAAACUUGUCCCUUCAUAUUGGGGGUCACUGGAAUGAGAGCAGUUAUGAAAGAGCAGAGGAAAGAACCAAACCCUGUGAUGAGUCACACUCGAAUAUGUUAAACACUAGCUAUCAAUAUUCUAAUUUAGU